AUGCUGCCGCCAUGCUGCACCAGGGCUUGGUGCCCCCAGGCUUCUUCCCAUACCCUCCCCAAGUGCAGUCUCCACCCCUACACCCGGUCGUGCCUAAUUCCCCCCCCGCCCGAGGACCCGGCGGCAAAGGAGGCCGCAGCUAAGGAGGCUGCAGAGAAGGAGGCCGCAGCAAAGGCAUUGGCCGAAAAGGAAGCAAAGGAAGCGGCUAUUAUGGCCCAGAAAGACGAGGCCAUUGCACGGUUAGAAAAGUUGAUCUUGGAUGACCGCACGGAACGUGAGAACAAGGAAAAGGCUCGACUUGCUGCAAUUGAGAAGGAAAAGGCGGAGAAGGCGGCGCUAGCAGCGCAACUUGCGCAUGACAAGAAGAUCACGGAAGAGGCUGCUAUGCUUGCGCGAAAGGAUGCUGAGGCCAGAGCUGCCGAGCAAGCCGAGGCCGCGAAGGCAGAAGCGGCGGCGGCAGCAGAAAAGGCGGCAGAAGCGGCGGCAGCGGCAGCGACGAAAGCUGCCACCGAAGCUGCCGAAAAGGCCGCCGCUGAAGCUGCCGAAAAAGCUGCAGCAGAUGCUGCCGCGGCUGCUGCUAAGGCCAAAGCUGAAAGUGCGCCUGCUCCUCCUGCGGAGAAGAAAAAGCCUAUCAAAUUCAAGGAUGCUGUUGGACGCAAGUUCAGUUUUCCUUUCGAGCUGUGUGAGACUUGGACGGGAAUGGAGGACUUGAUUAAACAAGCAUUCCUUCAUAUCGAAGUGAUUGGACCGCACGUUGCGGAGGGACACUACGACCUGGUGGGUCCCAACGGAGAUAUCAUCCUUCCACAAGUCUGGGAAACAGUCGUCGAGCCCGAUUGGACCAUCACGAUGCACAUGUGGCCCAUUCCCGAGAAGCCCGCAGAGCCCGAUCCUCCACCAGCUGCUGAGGCUGCACCCGCGCCCGCACCAGCGCCCGCCGACAAGCCCCCGGCUGCGGAACCCAAGAAGAAAGAGCCCAAGAAGCCUCGUCCCAGUGGACCUCCCCCUGCUUUCACUACUUGGAUGAUGGGUGGCCGUCCUCCUAAGAUCAAGAAGGCACCCAAACCGGCCGCAGAGAAGAAGCCCGAACCCGCUGCUUAA